CCGGGACAAGGGGUUUGGCACUUGGUGUGGUGGAUAGGGCGUGGCCGACGACAUUAACUGUCCGUGUGGAAAAAAAAAAAAGCCACUGCCUCUGACUAUGACUGGCCCUUGGUAGCGUAUAAAGAAGCCACGCUCCUUGCUAUACACUCGUUUCGAUCUUGGAAUCUUUUUCUUUUUUUGUUCCAUCAUUUCCACCAAGCUUCUGAAUCCAGUCCUUACGCAACGACCCCCACCAUGACUUCGGCUUCAACACAGAAUCCCGCUUCGGCGGGGAAGCAACCCGUAGUCUGCGUAUUCUGCGGUGCCUCUGCCGGCACAUCCCCCGUCCAUGUCGCUGCAGCCCGGGAACUGGCCCGGGCCCUGCACGCCAACAACAUUAAAGUAGUUUAUGGUGGAGGUACCGUUGGCCUGAUGGGUGAAAUCGCCCGUACUCUUGUUUCCCUCUCUGGUCCUUCGUCUGUACACGGCAUCAUCCCCAAGCCGCUGGUCAAGUACGAGCAGAAUCACGACCCAGACGACCAAACCGCACACACCAUCGACGAGAAAUUAUAUGGCAAGACAACUGUAGUCAAGGACAUGCAUACGCGGAAGCAGAUAAUGGCGAAGGAAGUGAUUGAGGGUGGGCCCGGCGGGGGGUUCGUUGCGCUGAGUGGAGGGUACGGCACGCUGGAAGAGCUGAUGGAAAUCACGACUUGGAACCAAUUGGGAAUCCAUAGUAUGCCAGUGGUGGUAUAUAAUGUAGAUGGCUAUUGGAAUGGACUGAUUGAAUGGGUUAAGAAUGCCGUCCGUUCUGGCUUCAUCGUGUCGACCAACGCAGGAAUAUUGAGCGAAGCACUGAGCGCUGAAGAAGUGAUCACAUGCUUGAGAGAGUAUCAGAAUGCGGAGGGGAGAUUUAACCUAACGUGGGAGCAACAAUAGGUCAUUGGCAACGGUAGGCUGGUGCGGCUCCUUUGCGGGUGACAGGUUUCCUAUGACAAAUGAAUUUAUGGCGAAAGACACGCACUAGAACAUGGCUAUUGUUAUGGGUUGUUUAAAAUUGAGCUAAGUACAGCAUUGGCGUAACGGCAUGUAUUCUUAGCCAGAGAAUUUACUUAGCGAAGAUCAAGGGCAACCACUGC